CGGGCCGGCCGGCUGAGCGGCACCAGUCGACUCGCUGUAGCCGAGAGUGGCGCCUGUGUUCCCCGCUGCUGCCGCCGCCGCCAUGACCGUCGAAGACAAAUCGGACAGCUGUUCGGAGGCCUCCGGGUCGGAGCUGGAGUCGCCGCCGCCGGCGCCGGCCCCCGCCCGGCCGACCCUCUCGUUCAGCGUCGAGUCGCUGCUGAGUCGCGAGCCGCGCCCGACUCGAGUCAGCGUCAGCAGCCCGGCGUCGAGCCCGGCCGGCUCUCCGGAGCCGGGCCGUCAGUUCGGCAGCGGCGCCGUCAGCCCUGCCGUGUCAGCCGCAGCCGCCGCCGCCGCUACGGCAGCAGCCGUGUCCGCCGCCUCUGCGCCGCUGCGGCCCGAGCUGCUGUCCCCGUACAGGAUCCACCCGUCGAUCGCACAGCAGCGCUUCUGGCCCACCGGCCUGCCGCUCAGCCUGCACUCGCCCAAACAGAAGUCAGAUAACGACGACAGUCCCAAGCUGCUGCUGCCGCUGUCGGUGCACCUGCGGAAGCACAAGCCGAACCGCAAGCCGCGCACGCCCUUCACCAACCAGCAGCUGCUCUCGCUGGAGAACAAGUUCAAGCAGAAGCAGUACCUCUCCAUCGCCGAGCGGGCCGAGUUCUCCAACGAGCUCAGUCUCACCGAGACCCAGGUGAAAAUCUGGUUCCAGAACCGGCGCGCCAAGUCGAAGCGUCUCCAAGAGGCCGAGGUGGAGAAGCUGCGGAUGGCCGCCAACCCGAUGCUGCCCGGCUUCCACAUGUUCCCUGGGGCGGCCGUGCCUCUGGUGCCGUCCCUGGCCGGCCUGCCGCUGCCCGGCCAGGUGCCCCGCUCGCUGCACAUGCCGCUGCCGACAUCCCAGUCCCUGUUACUGGCCAGCCGGGCGCCCUGAGGGACCGGCCAGGGCGGCCAACGGGGACGGGCUGGGACAGGGUGGGUGCGUGUGAGUGAGAUGGAUGAUUGUCCUGCCUGGUGCCACUGGGGAUCAGACGCUGUGGCUCCUGCCAUCAGGCGGUCUGAGAUCCUCAGUGCCAGGCUCGUUUGAAGUAAAGCUUUAUUUCGGGAGGGCUCGGCCGGGCGGCCGCACUAGUCUCCUCCUCCGCUCCUUUCUCGUUGCUUGCGGCCAGGGGCGACCGCGGCACCAGUUUCUAUGACAAAUGUGUCGUCGCCGCUGGCGAUAGAAACGCAAUGCUCUCGCGACUGUGGGCGUUCUCGUUCAGUCCGCGAGAAGCGGCGGGCUCUCCGAUGAGAGGAGUUCUCUCUUCGAUCAGGGGUUACCAUGUGGACCCGAUAUCUGUGAUACGUUAGUGUGUAGUCACCGCCGAGCGAAUCGAUCCUGUGUGCGAAGUGUCGCUUGCCUGUGUCUAUCCAAUGUUCC